AAUGCCACAUCGACCAUUGCCACAGCUGUUUUAGCCGACAUUUCUGCACUUUGUGCGAGGAGCCUUACCUGGCCAGCGAGGGCCAGUGUAUUGAGGAGUGUCCAAGAGGCUUGUACUACGCCAACUUUACACGCGAGUGCAAGGAGAAGGUGGACUGUCUCCCGGGCGCCUGGUCUCCGUGGUCAGUGUGCACGCGCAAUGGUCAGACGUGUGGCUACAAGUGGGGGGUGCAGACGCGGACACGGCAGAUACUGCAGGACGCGUCCCCUAACGGUGCCCAAUGUCCCGAGGUGACGGGCACCCAGAGAUGUCGCCUUCAGCAGAGACACUGUGAUGAGGCACAUAGUGGGGGCGUGCUGCCAGCAAGAACGAGCUAUGUGAUCCGAGGAACACGGUAUCCUUUGCAGCUGUACUGUUUUGCAAUCAGCUUCUUCGUCUGCUGUUUACUGUUGAGAUUUUGCAACGUCUUCAAGUCGUAAAGAGACAUGACAUCUUUAAUAAACAAAAUCUUGUCUUGCCCCGGCAGUCUGAAACAGCACGAUGAAGUACUACAACAUUUCUGAUGACGUCUUCGAGUGUUGACAGAUUUGAAUCUUGAGACGCUUUUCCUGUCUUUGGUAUUGUCUUCCUUCUCGUUUGCACUGGCUUUGAGAAGCGUGAACAUUCACUAAACACGAAGCAACCGAUUGCUGCAGCAUUGCAGGCUAUUUUUGCAGGCAGCUUGUAACAGACGAAGUUACUUCUGCAGAUUUGGAAAUCAACAUUCUCAAACGACUUCGACUCCUGUAUUUUCUCAAAAUCGCUGUCCAGGCCGAAUGCCAGAUCAGGAGUCCAGAACAGCGGAAGAGUUGAUCGUUACAACUGAUAACAAACACGAAGUAGAAACAUGAACUGGAGGACGUUCUGAGAUCAUUUUUAGAGUGAACUGGAAGGAGUGAAAUGGGAUCAGUGAAAUGGAAGGAACUGUAACCAGUUAACGUGGUUAUGACGUGCACAUGGAUGAUAAUGCACGGUCCCGGAAGUGUUGAUUCGGUAAGAGACAUACAUACAUAUCACAACAUACUCCACGCCCAUCGUGUCCACUCGUCGAUUUACUUUCUUUUGGUGGCGUCGGUUUUGAAAAUCAGAAAGUAAAGAUUUUGUGCGUGUCUGACAGAGAUAGCCCCAUAUGUAGAGGAGAGAGUAUGGUAUGGAACACAACAUGUAAAAAGCGUUUAUUAUCAUGUUUUUGUAUUUUAUAUACAUUUUAUUUGCAAUGAUCUGUCAUCUAACACAAACAUUUUGUCCGCCUUUAAGGUAACCUAAAAGUGUUGAUAAGGGCGCUACAUCUGUACCAUUUCACAUUUUUACACAUAUUUGUAUUUUCAAUGUCAGUUUCAAUAUAUUCUGUUAUUGAAAAAUUCGCUAAUCCUUCAUAUUUUUUAGUGUUUGUUAUGGAGCGACGAAUGAAAAAAGCGUAAUUGUGAAAGGAUUGAUGCCCUAGUUAUCGAGAAAUGUAAAUAUUUAUUACGCAAUAGAACUGUUCCCAAGUGUUCGCAUCAAGAGCGAUAAUUCACAGCGCUGUCCUUGCAAAAACUGCCCUUUGAUGAAGCGUUCUCCUGAGAAACAUGAGAAGAAUGGCGCGUCACUUUGGGUUUUUUUUCUUUUAAAGGUUAGGAAAAGGGGGGGGGGGAGAGA